AUGAGUGAAAACGCGACGAGUUUCCCGUUGGUCACGACCGGGCAGACGACCACAGUGGACAACGUGUCGACCACAACGCCAGUUUCAACAUCACCGACGUGGGACGACGCCACAUGGAUUCUCACAAGUUCAUUCAUCAUCUUCACCAUGCAGUCAGGGUUCGGUCUCCUCGAGAGUGGUUACGCCUCGUGCAAGAACGAGGUGAACGUGAUGGCCAAGAACGUAGCUGACGUCAUCUUCGGCGGCCUCUCCUACUGGAUGGCGGGAUACGGUCUCACGUACGGCACCGACGAAGGCACAAACGGUUUUGUUGGAAUCGGGCACUUCUUUGUAAACGCCAACGAUGAGAACAUGGGUGAGGAAUUAUCCCGGUUUGUGUUCCAGUCGGCGUUUGCGACCACCGCCACGACGAUUGUGUCAGGUGCCGUUGCAGAGAGAACAAGAUUUUCAGCAUACAUUGUUUUCUCCUUCUUCAACACGUUCAUCUUCUGUUUCCCUGCCCACUGGGUGUGGGCAGACUCGGGUUGGCUCCACAAGAUGGACGUAGUGGACUUUGCGGGUGACGGGCCAGUCCACUUAGUCGGAGGGGUGUCAGCAUUGGUGGCAACACUGAUGGUGAAACCAAGAUUGAAACGAUUCACGGACGAAGAUAACUACAAAAUGGGAUCGCCCACAAAUGCUCUUCUUGGAACAUUCAUUUUGUGGUGGGGCUGGCUGGCGUUCAACUGCGGCAGCACAUACGGAAUUAGCGGAGGCAAGUGGAAAAUAGCAGCCAGGAGUGCAGCAAACACACUGAUGGCCUCGACUGGGGGAGGGAUCGCCGGAUUCACGCUCAGUUUCUUUGCGCAUAAACGGAAGUAUGACAUCGGUUAUAUAAUUAACGGAGUGCUGGCGUCUUUAGUCUCGAUCACAGGUAUCUGCGCGGUGACAGGCACGUGGGAGGCUAUAGUGAUCGGCUGUAUCGGCGGAUGUCUGGCCAUCAGUACCGACGCCAUGAUGCGACGUCUGCACGUGGACGACCCGGUGAGCGUGUUCGCCGUGCACGGGAUCGGCGGGUCGUGGGGACUGAUCGCGUGCGGACUGUUCGCCCACGAGGACAAGGUCACCUUCUCCUACUCUAAACACAACGGGCUCUUCAAGGGUGGUGGAGUAUAUUUACUUGGUGUCGAAUGCCUGGCGAUUGUUUCCAUAGCGACCUGGUCGGCCAUCACUUCGUUCUUGUUCCUCAAAGCGAUCGACCUAACCAUCGGUCUGCGCAUGACGAGCGAGGAGGAAGAACUCGGCUCGGACUACGUGGAGCACGGAAUCCGGACUACGCGACAACUCGUCAAUGUCGAAGAGCUGCAGCGCCGUCACCAUAGAGACAACUCCGUGAGGGACACCAUGACGUUACCCGCUGACCGGUGGAACACGGAAUGGACACUCAAGGUGUCGCCCCAGCUGCAGGCGUCCGCUGAGCGGUUGGCCAAAGUGGACGCGAAAACAUCUAGUUCUUAUUCGUCACAGAUAUGUUUGAUCAGUUACACUCAAAAUGGAAGUUAUUGAAAAUAUCCCUUGCUACUAACGAACAAAAAUAUAGCAGGUUUCUUCUCUAAAACUGUAUGUACAAAUUACCAAAUGGUUGAUAUCCAA